GAGGAGGCAUUGGCAAACCACACGAGGCGAUCGCGUUGCUGCUGCUGCGACUGCUGCUGAUACUGCUGCUGCUACUGCUGCUGUUGUUGUUGCCUGCGACUGCUGCUGCUGUUGUUGUUGCCCGACACGACACGGACAAGAGAGAGAGAGGGAACAGGACGUCAGCAUUGUAAGGAGAGUGUGGGGGAGAGCUUCGGAGUGAGAGCAUCACAGCGAACAAGAGAGAGGGGAAGAGGGAAGAUGUCCGGCAUUGUGAGUCGCGUGUCGGAGGGCCAGACGGCCGUGAGCUGCUUCAUCGCAGCUGCGAGCUUCGUGCUCUUCCAGGUGCUCUUCCACUGGGGCAGCGCCCUGCUGAGUCGCCCCUUCUGCGUCGACGUCGCCAAGAUGUCGAGGCAGGCGCAGAUCGAGUGGCACUCGAGGGUGGUGUCCACUGCCCACGCCUGCAUCGUGGGACCCAUCUGCCUGUACCUGCUGUGGUUCGACGACGGCGUCAACGCCGACCCCAUCUGGGGUGAUCCCUCCAAAGUCCAGAUCAGCAUCGCCAUCACUGCAGGAUACCUGUUCUCAGAUCUGCUGGUGAUCUUCGCCUACUGGCGCCUAGUGGGGGACAAGCUCUUUGUGCUGCACCACGCCGUCGCCCUCUCCUCCUGCUACUACGUGCUGCAAGACGGUGUUUUGGCCUACUUUGCAAACUUCCGACAGAUGGCAGAGCUGUCUACGCCCUUCGUAAACCAAAGGUGGUUCCUGGAGGUGCUCGGCUACCAGAAGUCGUCGCGCGCCUACGUGUGGAAUGGCCUCGCAAUGUCCGCGUCGUUCUUCCUGGCGCGCGUCGCCACCAUGCCCGUGUACUACACGCGCACGCUCAGCUGGCUGGGCACCGAGGCCGAGGCCCGCCUCGCCUGGGGCCACCGCCUCGCCUGGUGGCUCCCCAGCAUCACGCUCGACCUCAUGAAUAUCGUGUGGAUGAAGAAGAUCGCCCGCGGGUGCUACCGCGGCCUGCGCCACACCCUCGGGAAGGACUCGCGGCCGAAAGUAACGAUGGAGGCCGCCAAGCGAACGCCAGAAUCUUUGGCAAACGGGAAGACCGACUGACCCGACCGACUGACCGACCGACUUCGCGCAUCCGUCUGGGUUCUUAAUUACUAUUCAAAAAUACUGUUUGAUUUUUAUCCAAUCCUAUUUUUGGGUCAACGUUAUUUUUGUACAGAAUACUUGGGUGUUUUUUUUUUUCUUCUUCUUCUUCAGAGGAGGCGACAAUGUCUGAAAUCGCCCCCGAAAGUUAUAAAUGGUCGCGAGAUGCGGGAAUGGGCUAACGGGGAGAUUGGUAACCAACAGCUCCAUCUCCAUGCACUCCACCAACCCCUCACUUCCGAGUCACUCCAUUACGGGGGCUUGCCUCAUCAUGGCCAGCACACCCUGGCAACGUUUUGAAUUUGAACCCGUUAUGUAGGUCAGUUGAUCUUUAUUGGGUAAACUAAGCGCUCUGUUGAUGAGCGUUCUUUACGAGAUGCCUUUUUACACUCCCGGGGUCACGUUUAAAUCGCGAAGCACAACCGUGCUGAAGCACUAACCAGAACGAUUGUAUUGGUAGACACGCCCAAUAUGUCCGAAUGACGGGGGCGCGGCCACAACCUUUGUGAGCUUCGACACGGUUAUCCUGGUUUUUCAGACAAAAAGCCCAUGCCUUAAUGCGCCCCCUUGUUAAGAUGCGAUGCAAUUAGAAAAAAAAACAGCAUCUACACACCAUUGAGUUUCAAGAUGCCACACUUCAAAUGCGAAAAGCAGGUGCAGCGCUGAAUUAAAAAUACACAGCCCGGGGGGGGGGGGGGGUGGUGGGAGGGCACACCACCCACACUCAGCGUCUACGCAUAGUGUGACGGUGCUCAGGGUGGGGGGGCCUGUGGGCCCCCAGACCAGAAUAAUUCACUUAAUCAGUUCCAACUUGUCAGUCCCAUGUCUCCUUUGCCUGUCCUGUGGUCGGUGUUUUUGUAAAAUCUCACGAUUCCAGCUGUCUUUUGAGCUGGCUGUAUUACCCGCCCCUUUAUCUUGCCGUGCGAUUUAAUUGCUUGCCGGUCCCUGCCGUACAAAGCGCUUUACACCCUCUUUGGCACCCUUUGCGUGAGACUGGAGACUAAUUGUCCACCUUUAUCUUCUCACCUAAUUUCACGGAUCAGUUUUGUUACGUUAAAGUGUUAACCGUUCACUGGUAACCAUUUACCAUUCUCCGUUGAGAGCUGCCGAUGGUGAUUGGUUCACAGUAUAGUAUAGUCUAAACCUUUCGUAAACAGCUUUUCAUUGUUUUGUCGCUAACCUAUCCUUAAAGGACCACUCCUACAUUCUCGUGUCCAUCUUCUGGCUUGGGGUCAUCCACUUCGGUUACCAACCUCUGGGUGCCAAUUCAUUGCCCUUCUUGGUAACCCCCACCCUCCCUUGUGCUGACAAAUAUGGCAGGAGCACCACGCCAAACACAGAUUCAACUCUAUUGGUGUUGUAAAACAAUGGGAACUCAAAAAGCUUCAUUGCUUUGGGUGGUACCAUUUUCAACUCUGGUCCAUAAACUGUAACCCAGUCGGCCAAACCUCCGAUGGCAAGCGCAGAGUCUGGCCCCAAGAAGGUUCCGGAUGUGAGCACUGCUUUAUUUAGGUUUUUAACAUUCACCAAUUCGUCGAUUCUAAUUGAUUCUUACACUGAAAAUACAUGCAUCAUAUAAUGUGUGCAAGAAAUUUUUUCUAAUCCAUUAAUGUGGUGUGCGAUUUAUUUUGUGGUCAGCCUACAGUUUCAUGGAAAUAUUGUGGCCACUGUCACACAAGUUGCAAUUGUGUAUUUCCUCAUGAAUUACAAUCGUAAUGUAGUUGUCAUUGUUCAACUUAAAAUGCUGCUGUCGUUUAUGCCAGUUCUCGCCACUCUAGAGUCUCUAUGUACGAAAUGGGAGAAAAUAUUAUUUGUGAUUGGAUUCAUCACUUGGAACAAUGAUCAUUCGUAGAAUUGUGGCAGGGGUGAUGUGUUCCUUAGUCUAGUUUUUGGUGUCGGUCGCAUGGGCUGUGACUGACCCAGCCUUCAAAUGUCUUGCUUUAUCAUUUUGCUAACUCGCAAUAACCUGCUGUGUGUGCGCGAGUAGUUCAACUCAAUCCGUCACAUGUCGAAAGCAGCGGUGGUGGUGUGUGUUUGAUUUAGCUCCGCUUAUGCUGUGAUGCCCAACUUGGAGCUUCUCUCUCCACCUCGCCUUGUUCCCCCACCCCUCUGACUCCCCCCCCCCCCCCCCCCCCAGCUGCAGUGGGGCGUUGUUACUGACAAUCAAAUCACCUAUUUAUUGAUGUUGACGUAUUAAGUUUUCAAUUCCUGUACAAUGGGUACGAGAGUUCUAUACUUGGGGGUUUGGGUAAUGUGGAAGGCAGCCUUGGCAACACACGUUUGAUGUUUACAGGGCGGCAACAGAGACCCGCCGUUUGGUGUCUCUUGAUGGGAUAAAGGCUCGUCAGCCCUGUCAAUGGACCUAUCAGACUGUGACAUCAUAUUCUGUUCAGAUUCCCGGCCUGUUUGAUCACAUGCUGAUCUCACCAGAAAGUGAUGCCACAGGAAGAGCCGCUUGCUCCAGGAAGUCGAGGUGCUGAUCACCCUGCCAUCACCCGAUUCUUCUGCGGGUUUUGACGGGAUGCCUUGGGGCGAUGAUGAAGAAAACGAGCGCUGAACUGAACGGGCGACUCUCUGCGGUCACAGUUACUCUGUGAGAAUUGCGUUGUGCGGGGCCGAUCUUUAAGGUCUGCAAGAGACCAAGCGCCGACUGUCCGAGUCUGACCUUGUGCGGGGUCGUGUGAGUAGAUUAGUUUGUGCAACUGUUUUGUCUGACGUGCGUGUCUGUGUGUGUGCGCGCACGCCACGUGUGCAAAGCACCAAUAAUACACUCGUCGGGCCCAUUCCAUUCCGCCUGCUGCCCCCUACAACCAUAGUGCCUUAACACUUACGACACGGGUACUCUUACAAGCAGGGUACACGCGCUGCUAGAACAAUUGGUGGCACGUUCCAGUGAACAUGGACUGUACCAUUUUGUAUGCGGUGGGUGCCUCAAUGUGCGUGACGUUUAAUUUUGGACCGAAACAUUUUUGCACCGAGACUGGGGUGGUAGUAGUGGUGGUGGUGGCUGCAGCAGUGGUGCGAAAGCACGUUGUGUUUUUAAGACGACCAAGCCAAUAAAACAAAACUCUUGUCUAGGACUGUGUCUCCAGGGCUCUCCGAUAAAAGUUUGCAGCUUCCAAUGGUGAUAAAAACAAAACAAUAACUUGAAAGUUAUGUUAAUGAGCCCCCCAUCAUUGUACUGCUCCAUUGACGUACUUGCAGUCGGUGAUGCCGAACAUUCUAAUACAUCGCUGUCGAGAUGUCAGUAGAGGGCGCUAUGACACAGUAUUUUAUUUGAAUGUUAAAGCUUAAAAAUUCGUAUCGGAGGAGACACCCAGCCUUGGCAACAGCUGGACAGUUGCACAAAACGGGCAACCUUAGUCACAUGUUCACAUUCAUCACCAUCUAAGCGUGGAUUAAAAAGUUCGUCUGACUACAUCCGAUACCAACUACCGUAUAGUCCCUAAUCUGUUGACAAACCUCGCCCAAGUGAAAUACAAUUGAUUAUCCACAUAAUUAAAGUGUUCAAAAUGUACAUCCGAAAUAUGGAACUGCCCAGCUGUUUGAGUUUUUUUUUGGUUUGCGUCGCUUGACACCUGAGCGUGAUGCGUCCCUGCGUCAGUGCCACCGUGUCAUGCUGUGACCAGAUGCCAGCCCCACCUCGCAUCCACCUUCCUGCUCCUCUGUGUGCCGCUUCGCUUGUGCCUUUUCUGCUCACGUGUUAUGGACAACUUUUCAGCCAAGUGAAAUCAAAUGUAUUAACAAUGAGUCACUUAAAAGCAACCAGCCAUGACUGCAGCAGUGGUUGCGGUGGUGAUGGUAUUUUGUGAACGUUCCAUCCCCACGAUGUGAAUGCUCUCCAACGCUCACGGUCAACAGGUCACCACGGCUGGUGCCACCACAAGGUCAACAGCUUAAGCCACUGAGGCCACCGCACUUCACUGAUGCUUCCUUCUGUCGGUUCUUACCCAAUUGACACCCCCACGUGGGUGACGAUAAAUGCUUGUGACGGAUCACACACUUGCUAUGGACUGGUUUCAACUUUUAAAUAAGGUAGGAGGCCAAGUUCCAUGUCAAAAGGUUUUGAUCAAACGAGCGCAGGGUGGUGGCGCUCAUCUCGAGAUGGCCCUGAACCAGUGGUGUAAAUUCCACAUUCCCAUGGUUGGGGACAGUUAUCCACGCAACCGCUGUUAAAUAAUUACCUCUGUUCAGAGUACUUUGUGGUUAUUUAUUAUCGUCACGAUCAGGGCAAAAGCUGUAUUUUGAGUGUGAUGUUUAGACAUGUCUUAAACUGUGGUUCUCAUAUUGUAGUUACGUUGACUAAUUUCUUAGUUCGCUCCAGUGAUUAUAUGUCAAUCGUGGCUAAUCAAAGUUAGGCAGGACUUUACCUGACCGCAACGACCCCUCCUGCAAACAAUGGUAUAGCCCUUUGAUUGCCAGGCGGUACAUACAAUCAAUGAACGCUGGUGACAGUGGAGAGCUGUAUCAUGUUUAAUGGUGCGGCGGUUCGAUCAGCCUUCUUGGAGGUUCAAGUUGGUGUUUAUGUCAUGGAAACUUAUCCAAUCAUUUUGGCUCAGGCGGGGGAGUGUUUCCAAUACUCCAUGGUUCGGUGUGUUUCGUGUUUGCCAAGUCACAAGAUCUGUGUUUUGUGUUGAGAAUUUGCGAUCACGUUAAUUGGACUGGACAAGAUUGACACAUGGAAUGGCACACACGGAUGUGCAUGGGGUGGCUGGAGUUUAGAAAACAAGUGCAGACACACCUUUAAUAACCUGACCCUAAAUAAGGAACAUUUUGGAGAAUCCGGAGAUUUAAGGAGAUGGGUGUGGGUGAUGCACUUGGAUGGGUGCAACCGUUAGUGUGCAACCCAGCCCCUAAACCUCGUGUCACUUCCUCACUUUGCUUCCCAACGCCAACUGUGGACAAGACCCCAUCCCAUUUUAAUUAAAGGUCUGAGCGUGAAUCUGUGAAGUCGUGCGAGUCGUCAUUCCAACCGGGCACGUCCGAGUGUUAUUCUGCUCGUACGAGCAGUCGGGCGACGCCGAGGUAUACGCCACGAGAAGACGCAAUGGCCCAAUGUGGAGAUGAAGUGAUGGCAUCGGCCCAUGUGCAGGUGGAAUAUCGCAUCGCAGGACCGAGAGUUUGCGACUGCUUGGGUGGUCUUUUUACAGCGGUAGAUUGAUGGAUUGUUGUUGAUGAUGACAUGUUCAUAAAACAAAAAUGACAUUUA